AUGAGUGAAGAUGUGUUGAAACGUUAUUUUUCUCCAGUCAAGGGACUGGCAGAGAGGAUGAAAGAACUGGAGGAUUGGAAAGAAGAGUGGACAAAGAAUGAGAGUAGAAUGAAUGAGAGUAGAGUGACUGUUGCAGCACAUCUUGUAGGAUCAUCAAGCAAUUGGCAUACUAUAUCAGGUGUGAUAACCUACUGGCAAACAAGCAGUCCAUCAUUCUUACUGGGUGCCAUCACAUACAGCAAUGGAGCUCUUACAAUUCCAUCUGAUGGUGUUUACUAUAUUUAUACACAUCUCUACUUAAAAGCCAAUAGUGGCAGUUAUAAUACACCUUACAUCAGAGUAAAUGGCAAUGUUGUCUUGUAUAUCACAAGCUACCAUCAUCACAGUAAAUACAAAUCCAAGCACGCUGGUCUACUUCAGCAGCUGAAAAAAGGUGAUAGCGUUGACAUAUAUGGUGGAAAAUAUCAACACCACAUGGCCUCUAUUGACUCAGUUUUUGGUAUUUUUAAGAUCAACUAGAAGCAUGUUGUUGAGAAUGAGAAUGUCAAUUAAUUAAGUGAUAAGUGUGAGUGUCAAAUGACUCUCCAUGUGAUCAUGUUUAAUAGUAAUUGUAGUUGUGACUGUGUAUGUUGGACUGUAGUGUGACCAUUCAACCCUAAUUUUUUGUUUGUUUCAUUUCUGUAUUAUGAGCAAUAAAUGUUCAUCUCUUUCUCUCA